AUGGCGUGGGUUGAAAGAUUACAAAAUGCUUCCUCCUCCCGUCUGGAAGGCUUCUUGCCCAGCAAGCCAGACUUCAUCCACAAGAUGCCCUCUCCACGCACCAUCUCGGGCUUCGCCCUCUCAGCCAUCGGCACAGCACAACAAGUCCUAGGCAGCCUCAGCAGCCCCGUCUCCCGCCGUGCGGAUCUAGGAGACUCCAAGACUUGCUCAGGCGGCCAGCUCUCUUGCCAAAACACCACCGCCCAGCAAGACCUCUGCUGCUUCAACAGCCCCGGCGGCGCCCUCCUUCAGACCCAAUUCUGGGACACAAACCCUCAAACGGGCCCCGUCGACUCCUGGACAAUCCACGGCCUGUGGCCCGACAACUGUGAUGGCACCUACGAAGCCAACUGCGACGACAACCGCGCUUACACCAACAUCACCGCCAUCCUUAACUCCUACGGCAAGCAGGAUCUCGUGUCGUAUAUGAAUACCUACUGGCCCGACUACAAAAGUCAAAACGAGCAGUUCUGGGAACACGAAUGGAGCAAGCAUGGAACUUGUGUCUCUACUCUCGACCCAGAUUGCUAUACGUCCUACCAACCGACCGAGGAAGUCCCUGAUUUCUUCCAGCGGACUGUGGAUCUCUUCAAAACACUUCCAUCUUACACAUGGCUCGCGGACGCCGGGAUCUCGCCUUCGUCGAGUCAUACGUACACCCUGGCACAGAUCGAGAAUGCUCUGGCUAAGCAACAUGGUGGUUUCAAGCCAUACGUCGGCUGUGCAUCAGGCGCGCUCGAUGAGUUGUGGUAUUUCUACAACGUUCGUGGAUCCGUGCAGAAGGGAACAUUCGAGCCUUCGCAGUCGUUGACGAGGUCGAAUUGCCCGAGCUCAGGAAUCAAAUACCUUCCAAAGUCUAGCGGUGGUGGUUCACCAACUUCGACCAUGACUGCACCUGGCUCCAGCCCCACGUCCUCGCCUGGUGGCACUUUCAGCGGAUCGGGAUACUUGAAUGUUGUAUCUGGUGGCAGUCAGAACGGAUGCAUCAUAUCUGCCGGUACUUGGUACACCUCUGGCACAUGCGCGACCAUCACUGCGACCGCCUCUGGUGAUGGCUUCACCCUCAAGUCCUCGAAGGGCAACUGCGGUGUAGUCUCAGGUGAGUUCACGUGUGGUUCUGGUGUCACGAGCACAGUCUUCACCGGCGAGGGCAACACUCUCGAGUACAGCGGCUCAACCGCUUUCUCGACAGACUCAACGCCUUCCGGCAGCACUCAAGCUAAAGUGUACCCUGGCAGCAGCAAGGCAACCAAGUUCACGAUCGCAUGGCAGAGCAGAUAG